UCCCUCUCCCGUCCUCUCUGUAAAAAAAUCAAUAAAAUGUAUUUUUUUAAAAAGAACAACCAUACCAAAUUAGUGAAGCAAUCCCCUGUAUGUAGAUUUCCGGUCAUUUCUGAUCUUUUGCUGAUAGAAAGCAGCGGAUAGUCCUGAGUUUGUGUCUGCUCACCUGCUACGCAUAAAUUCCUGAAACAGUUUCGGGGUCAAAGGGAUGGGAUUUGCAGUUUCAGUAUCAACUGCUCAACUGCUACCAACUUACACUCCCACCCACAGUGUGGGGAUGCACCUAUGUCAUGCGUGCACCCCAGCCAUGUGAAAGCAAGCUCUGAUUUUUGCCAAUCUUGGGUUCCGAGUCGAGUUUUAACUCAAUCUCACCUGUGUGAGGUCGAGCACCUCUUCAAACAUGCAAAAGCUAUUUGAAUUUCCUUUGUCUCAAAAGCUCUCCCAAGCUCUUCAGUGCCAAACACCAUGUUAAUCACUGUCCUCAGAACCUCAUGUGGGAGGGACUGAUUAGCCUCCUUUCAGAGGUAAGGGACAGUCUCACUUCCCAGGGGCCACAGAGGCAGGGUAUAGAAGUCACUGUGACUUGCAACUGCCUCCAAGACCCAGUGGGAGCCAACCUCCCUUCUUGCUGAUGCUCUGGACACCAGGACCGGCUGAGUCCCAGGGUCCUCUGGUGGGCCUUCUAGAGGCAGGAGUCCCUGCAGGGUGAGCUUCCGGCCCCUUGUGUCCCAACUCUUGGCUGUCCUGGAGCCUCUCCCUUUUCCUGUUUUGACACUGGCUCAGCCAGGCCCAGACACAGGGGCAUGAUGUCUUAAUCCUCUAGGCUGGAGCCAUGAUGGAUGAGUCCCCAUUAGCUAAUUCAUCUGCCAAACCACCUCUUCCCUGCUCCCGCUCCCCACCCACCCAACAUAUCCAUUCCACCUGGUGCCCAACACAGGGGCUCCUGAGCCUCAGCACCCUGCUUGAAUGGGAAGGGGCCCCAAUGGGGGACCCACAGAACAUACCCCCCCCACCUCUCCUUCCACAUGGCAGGUGGGACAGUGGGGCAGGGACCCUGGUUGCUCACCCUGGGCUGGGCCCUGGCUGCCGCUUCAACUCUUAAAUCAAGGUGUGGAGGGCGUGUCAGAAAUAGAUCUAUGGAAUGUCCAGAUGAGGGGUUGAGCCCUUAACUCUUAGAAGGAAAGAAUGUGGGACAGAGGGAGUUGGCCUGCCUGGGUCUGAGGAUGUGGGAGACAAGCUGGUGGGGGACAUGGGGCCUUCGUGCCCAUACAGCAUCCGGCAGUGAAGAGGUUAUUUCCCAGCCCAGAUGGGGAUAAAUUGAGAGCGCAGGACCUCUCCAUCCUCAGGACCUGUUCGUCACAAUGGCCAUAGGAAGAGUCCUGCUCGGCUCUCUGCUGCUCCUAUCCCUGCAGCUGGGCCUCGGCGGGAACCCGAGUACUCCAGGGGCUCCAGUGGUGGAGGGAACACUCUCAUCUGAGCCAGCAGCAGACACAGGGACCUGGAAGGCACAGCUGGGUGCCCGCCUGCGCCGAGCCCCGGCUGGCCCAUGCCAGCUGCGGAGCUUGGCCCUGCCAGUGGUGGAGCUGGGCCUGGGCUAUGCUUCGGAGGAGACGAUCAUCUUCCGCUACUGUGCUGGCAAUUGUCCCCGAGGUGCCCGCACCCAGCACAGCCUGACGCUGGCCUGGCUGCGGAGCCAGGGCCGAGCACAUGGAAGCCCCUGCUGCCAGCCCACCCGCUAUGCUGACGUGGCCUUCCUGGAUGAUCACCACCACUGGCAGUGGCUGCCCCAGCUCUCAGCGGCUGCCUGCGGCUGCAGUGGCUGAGGGUGCCCAGACGGGGCCCUGCAGCCACACCAGAGGUCUGAUGACCUAUUUAUUGGAGACCUGGAUGCCCAGAAGAUGAGAAGAUGGGGUGGGCUAGGGAUGCCAGCAAGGGACACAAUAAAGGAAAUUGAUCCUGG